AUGGUCCUGCAUGUGUCCCAUGUUUGUAGAGUUACAUCACAUACUUUUGAGAUAACUUAUCAGAAAGUCAAGCUGGCAGCAGAUGAGACAAACAGGUCGUUGGAGGAGGGAGAGGCACAUCUGGAACAUGCCACCAGAGGAUUUGACAGCCCAGCAGGCAGGGAGUCCCCUGGGCCACAUAGCAAGAAAGUGUGUGUUGAACUGGAGUGUGAGAUCCCCAUGUCAGUGACACUGCCCAUCCAGGUACAGCCUGACCUCACACACCAACCCUUCCCCUUCCUGGACACAACACUGGCUGACCUGGGUAUACAAGAGUCUGAGGUGAAGGAGAGGGUGGUGUGGGUUGACACCAAAAAGACGCAGGUGAAGAAUAAAGCAGGGAAGCUGAAGGAGAAAGAGAUCACUAUCCUGGAGGUACGAGUGAAAGCCCAGAAGCCUGGAGAUAAAAAGCUCCAAGAGGUCCUGUACAGCACUGAGGCCCACACUGACCGCUCCUUCUGUCGCACUGGAAUGAAUAUCCUUCCAUGGAAACAGAGAUGCACAGGUCUGGAACUAGUUUAAAUAAAUUCAUAUAAAAAAUCUUGCAUUGUUUUACAAUAUGUUAUGCUUUAAAUAUUACUUUGUUGAUGUUAACUCCUAGUUACAAGGAUCUCUUGAUUCAGAUUCUUAUUUGUUUCAUGGUGUGCGUCAGGGUUAGCUCAGGGUUCAUAUUAACAUAUAAUAAAUGAAAGGUUUUUGCACAACCAUAUCCCAAAAGUCAGCCAGCCCUGCUGCACUCAAUAGCAACCUCUCAGAAACUGAACUGUCAGACUGAUGUGGAUCAUAAAAGUGUGCUACAGACUUAGGUACUGAAACAUAAACAUUACAUUAGUGUCCAAAGAAAACCUUGGACCUAAACAGUUGCACAAGUCGCAAGUCAAGUCAACCAGAUCUGGACAACACAAGACAAAUCUGGUUUACUUGCCCCAGUAUUAGCCAUUUACUCACAAUUGUUUGCCAGAGAUUUUGCCUGAUCAAAAUCUGUAGAAACAGAUAGUAAACAGACAGAAGGCAGACUGCAUCUUUUCAGUGUUUGUUUCCACAUUCAUAGGGUAGCCUCCAUAGCUGCUACAAGUGUGUGGUAUUUGUCCAUCUCAUCUGGAGCACACGAUAAACAUGCAUUUAAAAAGACCUCUCUGUGUCUGUGUCAGGGGAGAAAGCAUUGACACCAGUGCAGAUGACGAUGGCUUUGGAAAUGGAAAAAAAGCAGCCUGACUUUACUGAGGCCCAGGGACAACAGGACAUCUGAGGAGCAACAAAAAGUGACCAUCAU